AUGAUAAAAGACUGCUUGAUUGCAGUAGCUGAAGAAAUAUGCCCCGAAAAGAUAAAAGUUAUGAUGUAUAAUGUGUAUGAAGAACUUCUUGAUAUUAAUAGUAUUCACGACACGACAACUGGGACAGAUAUUUUUAAAGGAGUUGAAACUACCAUUAAUAAAAAGAACCUUCGAUGGAAAAACUUGAAAUCUAUCACCACCGAUGGAGGAAAGAAUAAAGGAAUGGUGGCACUUGUGUCAAAAGCAGGGGCGGACCUAGGGCGGUGCGAGCGGUGCGACCGCACCGGGCGCCGUCAUAUGGGGGGCGCCGAAAACGGCCGAACGCCCGACUAG